AGAAGGGGGAGUUGUUGAAACUGUCCAGAAAACGUGUCCCUUUCUGUUGGCAAACCGAGGCUGGAAAUGUGAACUGGGGGCAACGAAAGGUCUCAGUCUUCACAGGACCAGUAAGGUCCAGCAGGGCAGCGAGUGUGCAGCACAGAGCAAGUGAAAAGGCUGGAUUGUUGAGAACAUACAUAACAUUAGCAUAUACAGUACUGUGCACAUACACAGUGCUUAUGGGAUACUUCUAACUUUCUCACAAUCACAAUUCACUGAUCUGCUUACAGCACAGAUAUUCAAUUUUGGAUACAUGUGAGGUUCUAAAAGAUAAUACAAAUACCUAUAAUAUAGACUUCACAGACAACCUAAAAUAGAUUUUGUUUUUGUCAAUACUUUGUUCCAAUAAUUCUGUGCUUCCCAACCUUUUUGGCUUGUGGCUGCUUAAAAUUAACCUAAAUCAUUUUACAGCCCCUUGUCACAGGUUUCAUACGUCUGCUGCUUGUGAUCAAUUUAUCUAGAGAAUGAUGUUGUUAUAUGAGUAAAUGUAAAAUUAUGCAGUCAUUCACAAAAAAGCAAAAAUUAAAAACUGAAAACUGACAAAAUAAACAUAAGUUGGUGUAGAACAAGUAUGUAUUUUCUGCCUUCAGACUCUUCAGAUUUGUCUUAGGAAAUUGUACGGCGGUCCCGACCACACACAUGUGCUUAUAUGUGAUUGAAUAAGUAAGAAUUAUCCAAAGAAUUAUAUCUUUGAUGGUGUUGAAAAGCCAUCAUAACAUAAAAACUGUUAGAAAUAUUUAUAUUAUAAUUUGACCCAAAAAAUCACUGUUGCCAUUUCAAAGAAGAGGAUAUAUGAGGAUGUCUAAGCCUUUAAAUGAAGAAUUGAUUUACAAAAACUAACAAUUAAUGAUUCAACAAAUGAUAAAAGAAAAUGGUAAAAGAAAAGAAAAUAUUGUAAGUUAUAGCUAGCUAGCUAAGGAGUCUGGGAGAAACAUACAUCAUAUUUGAAGAGAGUGACCAAUGUCAAAUAGCAACCAUCUGAGUCUAUAAAAUAUCAUUUGUUAUUCAUAUUUUUCUGAAUUUAAAUAGCAGAAGCAGUUUCAUUUUUUAAGUGAUAAUAACAUUGUGGAGGUCUUACAAAAAUAGAGGGGAUAUCAUCACAUUUGGUUCACACUAAAAAUGUUCCGCUCUGGGCGAACACCCUACAGUGUCCUCUUGGCACGAUCGCCUGCAAUAGUAGUAAAAUAUAAUAAUGUGGAAAAUCAGAAGCCCUCUGGAGAGGUGGAAAUGCACUGAGACCAACUGUAUCCUCUUUAUUUCCAGGUCUGUAAAAGAGUUUGCCAUGUCUUUAUCCGUACUUGUCAAAGUUCAGCACACAUGUAGAGCUAAAAAAAAAAAAUCAGAUCUGCCUCUUGAACAGAAAUGAAAUGGGUGAGUUCAUCUCAGCCGAGGCGGCUGACUGUAGAGUCAUGGAGCCAAAAGUGGUUAUUCUCUGAGUUCCCUGAUUUUUUCUCCGUCUGUAAUCUCUGGGCUGGAUUCAUUUGUUGCCUCUCUGUAAAAAUAAGCUUUUUAAGUGGAGUAGACGGCACAUAGAUCCUUUUAACUGCAUUGAUAUUCACUCAGCUUUGUUAUUCUAACUUCAGACUUCGUAAUCAAUCACUUGCUGGUUGAGCUCCAAAGUAGGAGAGCUGAUAUGGAAUCAGUUUGUACUCCCAGGACAUCGUAACUAAAAUCUUUAGAAUACUUUAAUAACCAUGCAUUAUAAACUAUUCAUGCUUUUAGUGAUGCUAUGCUCAGGAGCACAUUGUUGCUCUGCAUUAAUGUACUGUAUGUACUUUUUCCUCUCUAAGCUCUGCACUGUAUUACACUUUUAAUGGUCCAUUAAACUGUCUCGAGUCAUUAUCUUUUCUUUUAACAUUUAAUGCAUUUAGCUAAAGCUGUCAUACAGCUAAUAAGGUUGUAAAAUUUAGUUAAAAGUUAAAGUUUAAAACAACAUAGAAUUUAAAAUCAAUAUAUGGGCACAAUUAUUCAUUUAGGAGCGGAAAGGCUGUCCGCACACUGACAUUUUCAAGCUGCCAAGUAUUAUUGUAACGUUUCAACCUGUAAGGUCUUCGUCAGGCAAACGUUUGUCUGACGAAGACCUUGCAGGUUGUGUGGACAGCCUCUCGUUCUCCUUGUUGCUGCUUUUUGUCCUGCACCUGUACCCAACUAGGAUUUGCAAUUAUUCAUUCAAAAUACAUUAUGCUGUGCAUAUCGUAGCAAUCACUCAAUUUAAUCCCAAUUCACUACAUAACACAUUAUACAGACUGUUUUUAAUAGUUUUCUAACAAUAGAUUUAUAUUUUAGAGAAAAUAUGUUAUCAUCACACUCACAGUUCUGUCUGUAAAAUACAACAGAUAAACUAUAUGUUUUUGUGUCUUAAAUAGCAGCCAUGAGGAGACACAGAAAAUACAGAGGGUGAGUGGGAUUUAUGGUGGGUUUAUGGUUUGACUAAAAAUAGAUUUUAGGGUACAACGUCACAUACUUACAAAGUGCAUGGAGAAGGAGAGAAGUCUGAAGGAGUCAAAACUCCAGCAACACUUGCAGUAUAAAGACCAACUUUAUUAUGAGACCAACACAUUUCAGCUUGUGGCCUUCAUCGGGUCUCAUCAGGUUGACCCCUGAUUCAGGGUGUAAAUGCCUCUUAUAUAUAUAUAUAUAACAUAUGCCUCUUGGUUAUGCUUGAUUAGUAAAAUAUUUUAAAAUAUAAAUUUUCUUUCAAAUAAACUGCAUCUUUGUCCUAAAAGGUAGUUACAGCCCUGAAGAACAUCCAACACAUGUCUGUACACAUUUUCUACUUUUGGAUGAAUCUGAUCUUUAUUCUUCGUACCUCCUCGUGCUCCGGGCCCUCACCACCAGCCGAGCGUUGCAGUGGGCUCCAUGACCGCACAGAGCAGCUCACCUCUCGAUGAACCCCCCAGUCCAGCUUCGGUGGGGAGCAUGCCCUCCCAAAAACAAAAACAAAAACACAAAAAUUUCUGUCGAGCAUAACCCUGCACCAGUGAACUGUGCAGCAACCACACCAUGCCCCGCUCCCCUUUGGCCCCCCUCCCAGACCCCAUGCCCCCUGUUAACAAGCCAGCCAGCACGUUCCCUGUAGUCACUUGUUACCCUGCUGUCCCUCUGAUACGGCUAACGGGCGGGGCCAAUUAAACUCGCACUGUUCCCCAUACCGGGUCAGGAGUUUAGUGGGUCAUCAUUGCUGCGAUUUUCACCCAGAGUUAUCUAAUCCUGAUUCAACCGCUCGGACUGGACCAAACCAGACUGGUCUCUCAAAAAAGUUGCUUUCGAUGAAUACAGUCCAUUCAUUCAUUUAGUAAUGGUGUGUGGUGAAAGAAAAUAGUCACAGAAAUACACAACAGAGAUAGCUGGCACUGUUAGUACUUCUAGUAUGGGUGGGUGUCUCUGGGAACGCCCUGGACUGGUUCUCUUCCUGUCUCCCAGAUAGGAGUUUUUCUGUGUUACUUGGUCCCUACAUGUCUGAAACUGCUGCUCUUUCCUGUGGUGUGCCCCAGGGAUCUGUCUUGGGUCCUGUACUAUUUUCUCUGUAUAUGCUUCCCUUAAGCCAUAUUAUUAGCAAAUUUAAAAGUAUCUCUUAUCACUGUUCCGCUGAUGACUUUCAACUGUAUGUUUCUUUUAAACCUGAUGAGACUGAUAAACAAUCUGUUUUGCACAAUUGUCUGACUGCCAUAAAGGACUGGAUGUCUAACAACUUUUUACAGCUAAACACCGAUAAGACUAAGGUCCUUAUCAUUGCUUCAGAUAUCAAAGCUUCCAAGGUUGCUCAGUGCAUUUGGUCCCUUUCUUCAACUGUACAGUCUAAUCUUAGAAAUAUCUGUGAUACAUUCGAUCAGGCUAUGCACUUUGAUCAACAUAUCAAAUCAUUAACCCGUUUCUUCCAUUUAAGAAACAUAGCCAAACUCAGGUCUGUUGUAUCACAACCAGAGCUAGAGAUGAUUAUUCACACUUUUAUUUCAUCCCAGCUAGACUACUGUAAUGACCCUUUCACCUACCUCAGCAAGUCGUCCCUUGACUGUCUACAAAUGGUCCCGAAUGCUGUUGCAAGGCUGCUGACCAGGUCAAGCAGGACGACUCACAUUACACCUAUCGUAGCAUCUUUACAUUGGCUUCCCAUCAAGUUUAGGAUUCAUUUCAAGGUUCUUGUCUUCAUAUAUAGAACUCUGCAGGUCAGGCACCCACUCCAUCCUCAUAUCACCAGUAGGUCACUGGUCUUCUGACCAGGGCUUACUGGUUGUCCCUCGUGCUUGACUGAAAACAAAAGGUGAUUGUGACUGUGAAGGUGUAGCUCCAACACUGUGGAACACUCUUCCUAUAGACACACGAUCUGCGAUCUCUGUUGACGCCUUUAAAACAGCUGAAGACUCAUUUACUCAAACUGGCCUUUGUCUCGCCUCAUAGUGUCAGGUGUUUGUAUUUUGUUUGUUUUUAAGGUAUUUUGUUGCUUAUGUUUUAUUGUUUGUUUCUUUUACUGUAUUUUAUAUUGUACUAUUUUUAUGGUCUUAUUUCGUUUACAAUUUUGCUCUUGUGAAUCACUUUGUGACCUGCUAUGUGAAAGGUGCUGUAUUAAAUAAACUUUACUGACUUCUACCACUACGACUACGCUUGCUAGAAAUGAUACUAACAAUAAUUGUACUGUUGCUGCUACUACAGUACCACUGCAGCAAUAGUUGCAGUAGUAGUAGUAGUAGUAGAUGUUGUGCAAGUUGUAGUAGCACUGUAGCAGUAGAGUUCGUUGUGGAAGUUGUUAUAGCAGCAGGAUUAUAGUAGGAGUAAUAGUUGCACUUGUAAUGGCAAAUGUAGCAACAAUAGUAUAGUAGUACUGCUGUAGACUACGACCACUACAGCAGCUGUAGAUGUAGUAGCAAUAGUAGUACACGUACCUGUGGAGGAUAUCUUCCCGAAACACAAAUAUAGGUCUGAUGUUCAGUGCUUUUUUUGUAAAGAAGACACAGGCUGACCAGAGGAGUAUUUUGGAUUAUCGUGUCUCUAUAUCAGAGGUAUCAACCCCACUUAUGACGCGACUCUUGAAUCCUUCCAGCUUUGUAGUUGCAGUCCUGCCUCUGACCCCAACCUUUCACCUCAAACAAAAUCUCCUGCACAGGGAUCAUAAAGUAUACGGUCGUUACAAAGCAUAUUUACCAGCAUUAAUAAGUAGAGGGCUGAGGCAGCAAUAUUCAAAUCUCAAUCAUAUUUUUUAGAAACCUUGGCAGUUUGAUUUUGUACAUUACUUGUUAAGAACAUUUAAAUCAAUUAUUUUAGAUUAGAUAAAUCUUAUUUUACUGAUUAAAAUGGGGGGUUCCUCUAAUAAAAAUCCCCACAGCCUGUCCCAGCAUGCACUUUGUGGAAGACAGACAUCCUGUAGAGGAUACAAGACUCUUUUAGAGCCAACAGAGACAGACAGUAAUUUCGAUUCUCCAUCUGACUUGCUCAUCUUUGGCAAACGUACAGAUAAUUAUGAUGGGUGCAGCCAAUGAGCCAUAAUGGACUAUUAAUUAAUUUUACAGCCAAUUAACUUAACAUUCACUAUUUAGCUAUGCUUUUUUAUAGUGUGCUGGUGUGAAUGACUUGAUAUUUUGUUUUGUUUUAACUUUACUGACCAAAAUAUCACCAUAUUACAUUCAUUAUAACAUUAGUGUUUAGCAAUAGAGAUGAAAUGUACAAUUGUAGCUAAUAUAUGUAGAAAUAAAAAGAUAAUGAUAAAUGAAAAUAAAUGGUAAAAUAAUAAAAAUGGCAGAUAAAGUUUGAAAUAUUUUCCAUGAGCACAUUAAUACGUCAAAUACAACAAUAAAAUCAGUUUUAGUUCAGCUUUGGGGAGUUUAUGAUGCUUAUUUGAUGCUGGCCAGUACAAAGAAAACAUAAAACUUUGGUAUUAUAGCGCUCUCUAGUGGCUAUUUUGAGUAAUUACAGUCUAUUUCAUGCCAGACAUUACAGGAUGGCAGAUGGCAGCAAUUAUAAACGGUGGUGUGAGUUUUGAUGGACCAUACUGCACAGAUUUAAAAAACAUCUAUUUUUAGAUCGUCUCGACAGUCACACUAUGUAUUAGAUUUAAUGCAUUUAUUUUUACAGACUUUUGUUCUCCAGCAUACAACAUAUUUUAAAGAGACAUCAUUUUGGAAACUGAAUAAAUUAUAAUGCAGACACCUUCUAUAGACACAUACGUGUCUCUGGUAGAGAAACAGGCCUAUAAGGAGGAACUUUGCUCCAGGCGAACACAUCCAGCACCAUUAGGUUUUGUUAUUAAAGCAUGUAACUAGAGUGGACAGGCGCUUGUUAAUUGCAGCGUGCAGACUGUAUUUUUAGCGUAUUUGCCAAAAACAGGCGGAGCUAAGGAGGCUGAGAUGGAGGGAUGCUGCUGAAUAGCAGGUGGAGAACGCUGAUGUUUACUGGAUGCACUUUGCUGAGGGAGGAUCAGAGGAAGCUGGCCCGGAGAUUUUUUUUUUCAUCGUAGAAAGUGAAUUUCACUCUGGGGAGCGUUUGGUGUUUAUUUUUAAUCGCGGAGGUUACAGAUCUGAGCUCUGCUGCUCAGCAGGCUGACAGGCUGCGAAAGGCUCCGUCUGUGUCUGUCGUGUCGCUUGAGGUUGCGACGAUGUGAUGCUCCAUCGUUUGGUCGACGGCCGAAGCCUUUUCCCUGAAACCUGAUAUUAUGCAGGGAACAAGGCGGACUGGACGGAUUGAAGGGGAACAAAACACCGGUUUAGAAAACGUUUUGCAAACUGGCAGUAUUAGCCAACUAUGGUCGACCCCUCGGAGGCUGAGGAGCAGAAUAAGUGUAAAGGCCCAAAGCUCGACACACCAGCUGUGGCCACUGAAGACCCUCGGUUGCCAGACCAAGCCGAUGGCACAACAACAGAGGAGGAAGGGGAUGCCGGUUUCGAGACGCCGCCCACGGGCAGUUCUGAGCCGAGCCCCUGCCAUACUGCGUCCACGGCGGGGCCAGAGGCCUCCUCUCAGGUGGCCCCACCUCAGCAACCACAGACUCAGACUGAGCCCAAAUUGCACCUGGACCUGUACAAUUUUGACUCGCCAGCUGCAGAGGGCAGCCGCUAUGUGUUAACAAGCCCCCGCUCUCUGGAGGCGUGUGCUCGAUGCGGGGUCAAACCUGUGGAGCUCCUGCCCCGCCCGCUGGCUGACUUUGCCCGGGAGGCUCCCGGCCGCUCCAUGCGCGUUGCGACAGGGCUUUAUGAAGUCUUCGAGAGGGACAGGCACGCUAAACUGAGGCAAUGCAGGGAGGAGAGGGAGAGGAUUGUUAGGGAGGAAAAAAGAAGAGUUCUGCAGGCGACAGUCAAUAGCAACGGAAGUGCAUCAUCCUCCUCGGUGGAGCAGCAGCACAAAGUCACCUCUGGCUCCAAUCAGCCUCCUAAAUCUGGGCCAGUGACCUCCAGCUCAGCCCCUGAUUCUGGAGCAUCCUCUAGAGCCACAGCAUCAGGUCCAACCUCUAAAACAGGUCCAGCUCUUUUAUCUAAAGCCCCUGCCUCCAGUCUUAGUACCUCCCCAAAAUCGACUCAGUCCACCAGCUCCGUGCCAUCCUCCAAGAGUACUUUCCAAGGAUCUAUCAAGCAUUCUUUGUCCUCAUCAUCCGAACAAGUAAAAGCCACACGGCCGGUCUCUGGCCCUCCACCGAUAGUCAGGAAGUCCUCUGGUGGUAAAUCUUCAAACACUUUCCCCAGAUCAACACCAAAACCCCCCUCCUUCCCCAGAGCCAAAUCUACACUAACAUCAUCGGUGUCAAAGCCUGCAGUUCAGACCUCUGGGACGCCUCUUAACGGUGUAACAGGAGGACCGUUCUCUCAGCACAAUGGACAUCUUGGAUUUCAUUCCAAGGUGCGAGGAAAAAGCCAUUCGCUGGAGUCUUUACAGCGAAGGAUGGACCCCGUCUGCUCAUCCACCUCCAACACCACAACUACUACCACAUGCACCUCGUCAGAGUCGGGUGCUUCCUCUUCGUAUAGUUGGGAUGGCGCACGAGAUCACUGGGCUAAAGUCUCCAGCCCCCGAGCUCGUACACUGGCCACUUUUAACUCCCUGAUGGGCCGCAGCCUCAGUCUUGGUGACCUGAGUCACUCUCCUCAGACAACACAGAAGGUGGAGCGCAUAGUAAAGGAGGUGAAACGUCGAGGCCUGAAUGCCGUGUCUGAGCGCGACCGCAAGAUUGCAGCUUUGAUGCUCGCCAGAUACCAGGAAGAAGACAUCAUGAGUCAGACUCGUUACGUGGCUCACCUUCAAUGGGAUAGUGAACGCAGAAUGGAGGAGCUGCGGCGAGAGCAGGAGGAACGAGAGAAGCAGCGUGCAGUGCUUCAGUGCCAGCGUGUGUGGCAGACACAGGUGUCGAUACGUCAGCGAAGACUCAGCCAGCAGGAACGAGAAUCAGCUGCUGCCAAACUCCGACAGGCUGAAGAGAGCGAGGAGCGGUGGAGGGAGCUUGCAGAGCAGCAGGAGCGCAGCCGUCUGCAGAGGUUACAGCAGACAGUACGAGAGGAGAAGCAUAAGAAAACCCUCCAGGAACAGAACCGGAAGGCUCUGGAGGAAGAGAGGUCGGCUAUGCUGGAGCAGGAGAGGCUGCUGCUGAAAGAGAAGCUCACCAUGGCUGAGCUGAAGAGGCAGGAGAAGGAGCACCAGGCCCAGGAGGAGAGACGAGGUCUGAACAAAGCUGAGAAGAGACGUCAUGCCGCUCUGAUCCAGGAGAUCGCCCGCCGUGAACAGGAGGAAAGAGAGGAAGCCAGGAGGGCAGCGGAGGAGAAGCUCAGCCGCUCCCUGGAGAAUUAUGAACAGAUAGUAGAGCGUCGAGGGCAGGAGCUGAAAGAAAAGGCCAGGCGUGAGGAGAAGCAGAUCCAGAAAGCACGCAAGGCUGCAGAGAAGCGUGAGAGGCAGCAACAGCAGCUGCUGGAGGCUCGUGUGAAGGAGGCAGAGAAACGAGCCCAACAAGCGGCUUUAGUGGCUGAGGAGAAGGCCAAAGAGAAAGCUCAGCGAGCCGUCCAGAGCCGACAGGAGAAGGAAAAACUUCAGAGGCUCAACAGGCAGCGUGUGGAAGAGGAGGAGAAGCAGAGGCGUCUGGAACUGCUGCAGUCCAUUGAGAGGAAACUGGAGAAGAGCGAGCAGAUCUUCAAGGAGAAGCGGGCGGUACUGGAGAGCGCUCGCUCCGUAGCCCGAGCCUCUUUCCACGUGCGAGACAAAGUGCGGGAGGAGACCAACAUGCGUACUUUUGAUAAGAUGGCCCUAGAGGCUCAGCUCAAAGCCAGCCUGGAUGAAAAAUAAAACCCAUGGCUCUAUAGUGGAUUCCUUACUUCUGGUCAUGUGCUUGGCUCUUGCCUUCAUCAUGGCCUUCAUCAAUCAACAGCUUUACCCUUCUUCUCAUCUUUCCUUACAUAUCUUUACCCAUCGGUUGAUUUGAUCACAUUUUCGACCAUCAUUUUUUAUUAAAGAUCCUAUCAAAGCAAACCAAAUCAAGACAUCAUGUUGUAUCAUGGAUGUAAUGAGACUACAAACUAUAUCAGCUGUGAAAAAUGAACAGUAAGCCUGUGUAGGACAUACAGUAGACUUCAUAUUAGAUGAGAGCUAGAGAGAGCUGCCUUGUGCAGCAACACAACCCCUCCUCUCUCUUUCUCUUUGCCCUCCGCUCUGUCGAUCUCAGCUACUGGACUGAAAGCUGUGCUGGAAUGAAUAGAGUCAUUGUUGACCAGGAAGCACAACUCCAUGACAACUGUAGAGGCUUUUAAGGGAGCACCCCUGUAAGGGAAAACUGAGCAUAAGACAACAAUAAAAAGCAGAAAUGAUUCCAAGACCCCAUAAGCAAAUGAGGGAUCCUUUUGUACACACAGCUAGAGAAAGCAUGGAUUUAAAGCCCCGGGCUGGACACUUAUCUGCACCUAAACGCUGACAAUGCAGCGCAGGAAGGCUGCUUGCACAAGCCUUGUGCUGAUGAAGCAUCACUGCCCUCAAGGACUUCCUCUGUCUUUCUGCGUCAUGUCCGAUUACAGUAAACGGUGAAGUGCUCGGAGAGACAGAUGCCUCCUGACUGCCCCCCCAGCCGAUCUGCUCCCAACACAGCCGCCAGCUGAAGUGUCAAGGUCAACAGGUCCUGGAGCUGAACGAGAGCUGGUGAUGUCACCCACAAUCUUCCCCGACAGAACUCUUCCUCCCACACUCAGCUUUAUCAACGUGUAUGUCAGUUAAAACUCUCCUCUAAUGGAAAAAACAUCCAUAUCAAAGUUUUUAUUCAUUUUUAACUAGUCACUGUGCCAUCUAUUGUGCCGCUGAGAGGAGGAAUUGAGACAUCUGAUAUGAACCUACAGCCUUUUACCUGCAUUAAUGAAACGAAAUGUACAAGGUUCAAACGCAGCUUUAUUUAGCAUCAAGGCAUGUUGUUCAGUCCAUUAUAUGUUCCUUAUUACCUUCCCCUGACACGUGGGCUUCUUUUCUGUUACCAUUUGUACAUUAUCAUGAAACGCUUGCUUCAGUAAAUGACAUUGAGUUGCUUUGUUGAGGACAUAUUUUCAGAUGUAGCAAUAAUGAAACGGUCAAGGUUGAUAUCAGACACAUCUGUGAGUUCAUUGUUUUCAUCAAACCUCUGUUAAGAAAAGGACACAAUCUGUGCAUACAAUCAAAACCAGAAUAAUAAAAACAAACAUUUUUCAAUA